CUGAAAUAUUAUACUGGGUAUUGUUUUUAUACCUGAACAAAGUAUUCCGGUGCUACUUAACAUUACAAUAAUUAUGGACGUUAUAAGAACUAUUAUAGGUGUCGACGUUGGAGGCACAAAUACUGAUGCCGUGAUCGUCGACAGGAGUGCCGAUAAACCAACAAUCCUUGCACAAGCAAAGACUCUUACAACGAGCGAUGUUACAACCGGUGUUAAGGCUGCGAUUCACCUCGCACUUUUAGACUCGCGGAAAGAAAACCGAAUACUUUCGGUGCAACAAGUUAACAUUGGGACUACACACUUUAUAAACGCACUUGUUGAAGGUAGACAUUUAACCAAAGUAGCUGUGAUUCGUUUGUGUGGUACAGCAUCGAGGAAAUUGCCUCCCUUUUGUGAUUUUCCAGAAAACUUGGUGGAAUCGAUUAGAAGCAGUGUAUUCUUGUUGAACGGAGGUUACCAAUAUGAUGGUAGCGAAAUUACCGCGGUAGAUGAGAAAGAGAUUCAAGACUGUAUCAAUAUUAUGAAAAGAAAUGGUGAAAAGAACAUUGUUGUAUCCGGCAUAUUUUCACCUGUCAGAGAAGAACAGGAACUCCGGGUCUUAAAAUUGAUUCGCAAAAAUUUCCCAGAAGCGAGCGUCACAGCAAGUCACGAAAUCGGAAACAUUGGUCUGCUGGAACGGGAAAAUGCUGCAAUUCUCAAUGAGUGUAUUAAACCACUUUGUCUUAAAACAGUCAAUGGAUUCCGUUCCGCGCUGGAUGAUCUAGGAUUGAAAUGCCCGAUGUAUCUUACCCAGAAUGAUGGCACGAUUCUUGAAGAAGAAAAUGCGCUUCGCUUUCCAGUUUUCUCUUUCGCUUCCGGUGCUACCAACAGCAUGCGAGGAGCUGCAUUCUUGACGGACUUGAAAGACGCGAUUGUGGUCGAUGUUGGAGGGACAAGUACCGACGUCGGUAUUCUGCUGAAAGGCUUUGCAAGGGAAGCAUCUGCAGAGGUGAAGGUCGGUGGAAUUAGAACGAACUUUCGAAUGCCUGAUGUCAUCAGUAUAGGAUUAGGGGGUGGAUCUUACGUAACAAAUGCGCAAGUCAGAGGACAAAAUCAGAUAAAAGUAGGUCCUCAGAGUGCAGGUUACUGUAUUGAGAAAGAAGCUUUUGUAUUUGCUCAACCGGGAGAUUACAGGGAUCGGGUUAUUACCGCAACUGACGUCGCUGUUGCCUCAGGAAUAGCCAAUGUUGGUCUGAUAAGUAAUGUCAAACAUUUAAACAAGGAAAACGUGAAGGGGGCUGUAAAUAAAAUACACAGCAUGAUCAGUACAUGUAUUGAUCAGAUGAGAUUCAAUGAUAGAGAUUUACCACUUAUUCUUGUUGGGGGAGGAAGUGUCAUCGUAGAUAGAAACGGGAAAUUUGAUGGAGUAUCCGAAAUCCUGAGUCCAAAAUAUUCCAACGUUGCCAAUGCUGUCGGUGCUGCUUUAAGCCAGAUCGCUACAAACAAAGAUCAAGUUGUCGACCUUGAAAAGUACACAAAUAAGUCGGAAAUGGAUGAAAAAGAGGCAGCUAAGCGAAAAGAAAUGGCUGUUACUUCCGACGAAGAGAAAGCAAAGAUAACGGAAAACGUAAGGAAGGAAUUUUUCCAAAGGGCACGUGAACAGGUCAUGAAUGAAAUUCUGGAACAAGCAAAGAAAGAGACCAUUGAAUCGGGUGCAAAUCCGGAUUCUAUUUCUCUGGUCAACAAGGAUGAUGUCGCUUUGGCAUACCUUCCCGGAAAUGUAACCAGGAUAAAAAUGAAAGUGGUUGGAGAUCUUAAAAUUGAUUCAGAUUCUGACAAAUUCAUAGUCCCAGAAACGGUUUAUCAAAGUGAGUCGCAGACUGGAUUGCAAACAAAGAAACAAACAGUUACAAACACAGGCGUUAUUCUAUCUGAAGAUAAUAUUGAUACCAUUAAAAUAGAAACACCAAACAUCGAUGAAAGUACCGGUGAGUGGUUACUCUCGGAGUAUGACAUUAAUUGUCUCCAUAUCGGUGCAGGGAUUCUGGGAUGUGGUGGAGGUGGGAGCCCACAUCUUGGGCAUAUUUUAGCUGUCAGUACUCUUCGAAAAGGGAAGAAAAUACGUGUGAUAACACCUUCAAGAUUUUUCCAAAACGCCCACCCAGAAAAUGAUUUAGUUUCGCUUGUUGCGUUUAUGGGUGCCCCAGUUAUUAUGUAUGAAAAGCUUAUAGCCGGAAAUGAGACCGUCGGCGCUUUGGAAUGUAUGCAAGAUCUGUACAGUGUUGGUGGGUAUAAAGAUGGAAAGCUUACUAACAAAGAUGGCGUAGACAUAAAGAUGAAAGACGGUGUUACAUAUAUCGAUGAUUACAAAGCAAAUUCUGGUGUAAAAUUUGAUGCAAACACAAAUAUGGGAGAUAAGAAGAUAGUAGCUUUGAUGAGCGCUGAAAUUGGCGGUAUGAACUGUAUAGAGCCUUUAAUUACAGGUGCGGCGUUGGAUCUUCCUGUCCUGGAUUGUGACGGAAUGGGCCGAGCAUUUCCGGAGUUGCAGAUGUUCACACCAUUUAUUUAUGGAAACAAUCCGUACCCGGCGACUCUGGCAGACGAUAAAGGUCGACGUGCAGCCGUGUUGUAUGCAGACCAUCCAAAAAGCCUAGAAAAUCAUUUCAGAGAAGUUGUUAUCAGUAUGGGAUGUAGCGGUGGAAUGGUAUUGUCCCAUUUUGACAAAGACCGAGUUCUAUCCUCAACUGUUCAGUACAGCACAAGUCACGCCUGGCGAAUUGGGGACACGGUGUUGCGGGCUCGAUCCGAAAAUAGAUCCACCGUUGAUGCAGUUAUAAACUCAGAAAAUGGAAAAUUAUUAAUUUAUGGCAAAAUUACUGAUGUUUUAAGGGAAACAACAGGUGGCUUCAACAAAGGGAAACUGGUUAUAGAUGGUCUUGAUGAUUAUGCAGGAAAGACUGUUAGUGUGGAAUUUCAGAAUGAAUUUCUUGUCGCAAGAGAAAUCGGGGCUGGAAAAGACAAAGUUCUUGUUUGCGUUCCAGAUUUAAUUACUCUUAUGGACGCAGACACAGCACAGCCCAUUCAAACGGAAGAAUUAAAGUUUGGAAUACGAGUUGCCGUUGUUGCUAUGCGUGCAUCGCCCAUGAUCAGUUCUGAACAAGCUUUGAAAUUCGUUGGUCCUCAAGCGUUUGGUUACGGGGACGAUGUUAAGUACACACCUCUUUGUGACUUUGUAGAUGCUGGGCCUGUUGGUCCCAAAUAACUGAUGCGCGUAAGACCAUUCCUGCUAGUUUUCUUCCAUGGCGUUGACAUUUAUAAUUUAAUUUAACAGUUACCACGCCUUGGGGACAACUACCAUGACUACAUGAAGAUUAGAAAUAAGUAUGUUACUCGUAAAUCAUCUACGCAUUUCCUAUAUCAUUUAUAAAGAUGUAUUAAUUUCACAUUAAACAGGAAUAAACAUUUGCAUUUCA